UUCCAGUGGCUGAAGUACAUACAUAGGGCCUAUAUAAGUUCCCGAACCGAUCGCCGUCGCCGGCUAUCCUUAGCUGCUGUUGAUCUUUCUCAGGCGGAGUAACUCUCCUUCUCAGCUGCAAAAAUGGGGAAGACUCGUGGUAUGGGAGCUGCCCGUAAGCUCAAGUCCCACCGUAGGAGGCAAAGGUGGGCUGACAAGGCAUAUAAGAAGUCCCAUCUUGGAAAUGAAUGGAAGAAACCAUUUGCUGGUUCAUCUCAUGCCAAAGGAAUUGUUCUUGAGAAAAUUGGAAUUGAAGCUAAGCAGCCAAACUCUGCUAUCAGAAAAUGUGCUCGUGUUCAGCUCAUCAAAAAUGGCAAAAAGAUUGCUGCUUUUGUACCCAAUGAUGGUUGUUUGAACUACAUUGAGGAAAAUGAUGAGGUUUUGAUUGCUGGAUUUGGACGAAAGGGGCAUGCGGUGGGAGAUAUUCCUGGAGUCAGGUUCAAGGUCGUUAAAGUAUCUGGAGUUUCUCUUCUGGCUCUCUUUAAAGAGAAGAAGGAGAAGCCAAGGUCUUAGGUUUGCUAGGACAACUUUUGAUGCCUUUAGGCUUUUACCUAUUCAUACUCGUUGGAUUCCUCUAAUGGAGUAUUAUCCAAAACAUUUUUGACAUUUUUGUUGUUAAUCGAGUAAAAUUGUGUUAUGGAA